CAGGCGGCGAGUUCUCGCCGGGUCCGUCAGUCAGUCAGUCGAUCGCAAGCCGUUGAACCAGCCGCGCAGACUCCGACCGUCGCAAAACCAACCACCCAACGACCGUAGCGUGCCUCUGCGACGAUUAGAUCUCCGGAAACGUGUUCCGUAUAAUUCGAAGAAGAACGGCGCAGCGCGUUGUUGUUAGGGUUGUGCUUCUGUUCUUCGGGCUCGCUGUACGCCACUGUUAUUGACAUUAACACCCCAGGACCUGGCAGACCAAUAGUAACAGUAUACGUGUUGCAUCGCAUCGAGCAGAUACACACGGUAGUGCGCAUCGUUUCGUCCCACACCACUGUGACACUGUGCAGUGAUCUAAAACCGGGAUCAUGAGUACACCGGUGAAGAAGGUGCCAAUUCACCUCCAGAGCGCUCAAAACAGGCUUCUCAUUAAAAAUGGAAAAAUCGUUAACGAGGAUGAAAUUGUGGACAACGACGUCUACGUUGAAGACGGUGUGAUCAAACAGCUGGGACGCAACCUGAUAAUACCAGGUGGAACCAGAGUGAUAGAUGCACGAGGGAAAUAUGUGAUGCCAGGAGGAAUUGAUCCUCACACCCACUUCGAGCUGGAAUUCAUGGGGACCAAGUCGGUGGAUGAUUUUUAUCAGGGGACCAAGGCCGCUGUCGCUGGCGGUACCACCAUGAUUAUAGACUUCGCAAUACCCAAGCAAGGGGAGUCGCUCCUCGAGGCUUACGACAGGUACAGAGCAACUGCCGACGAAAAGGUCUGCUGUGACUACGGGCUGCACAUCGGGGUGACUUCGUGGAACAGCAAGGUCAAAGAAGAGAUGGCAAUUCUAGCCAGGGACCACGGAAUAAACAGUUUCAAAGUGUUCAUGGCCUACAAGGACACUUACAUGCUUAGGGAUCCCGAGCUGAUCGAAGUUUUUGCGUCGUGCAAAGACAUCGGAGCCGUAGCUCAAGUCCACGCUGAAAAUGGUGACCUAAUUGCCGAGAACACCAAAAGACUUCUGGCUGCCGGUGUGACCGGACCUGAGGGUCAUGAGAUGUCACGCCCGGAAGAGGUUGAAGCUGAAGCGGUGAACAGAGCCUGCGUGAUCGCUAAUCAGGUAAAUUGUCCGCUGUACGUAUCUCCUGUGACGAGCAAAUCAUCGGCCGAUGUUAUAGCUGCUAAACGCGCCAACGGUGUCGUCGUGUUCGGGGAACCCCCAGCGAGUAGCCUCGGGAUUGACGGUAGAGAUCAAUACGGAAAGGAUGUUAACAAGGCUAUAAAGCUGAUCACAAAUCCUCCGUUAAGACCAGAUCCAACAACACCUGCAUAUUUGAUUGAGCAACUUGCUCAGGGCGGUCUCCAAGUGACCGGAAGUGACAACUGCACCUUUAAUUCGGAGCAAAAGUCACUUGGGAAGAACGACUUCUCCAAAAUUCCAAAUGGCGUCAACGGAGUUGAAGACAGGAUGUCCGUUGUUUGGGAAAAGGGAGUUCAGGCUGGGAUAAUGAGCCCGACCAGAUUCGUCGCAGUGACGAGCACAAACGCUGCCAAGAUAUUCAACGUCUACCCGAGAAAAGGUGUGAUAGCCGUCGGCUCCGACGCGGACAUCGUUAUCUGGGACCCAAACAGGAAACGCACCAUUUCUGCCGAGACGCACGUGCAAGCAGUCGACUUCAACAUCUUUGAGGGUAUGGAAGUCCACGGUGUUCCCGAAUACGUAAUCGUCAACGGCCGCGUCUGCGUCGACGAAUGUGACGUCAAAGUUGUUCACGGCUAUGGCAGAUUUGUGGAAACUCCGGUGUACCCUCCGUACGUCUACGACCUUAUUUCCGAACGAGAAAAGAAGCCACGCGGAGUGGCUCGGACAGAAGCGGAGUUGAAACGAUACGCCGAAGAAGAUGCGGCCAUGGCGAAGGCGAGGGAAGCCGCUAAAGCGGCUGCAGCGGCUGCUGCAGCGACCGCAGUGACGAUCAGCAACAAUUACACAAACGGUUCAGUGGACAGCCUGAAACCGAAAUUGCAGAACCUCUCGUGCGUUCCAACUUUGCCAGAGUCAGCUGUGGUCACCCCGUCAGCAAAGGGUCCGCGUCUCGAGGGUCAAAGAAACUUGCAGGACUCUACCUUUUCGAUCAGCGAGGACGUCGACGAGGCUCGUCGCGCUUGCAUCCGCGUCAAUAAUCCUCCGGGUGGUCGCAGCGCCGGCGGAUUUUGGUAAUUUGAUCCCUUAAGGGUCGUCAUGGUUCCGCUUAACGCGCAGGCAAAAGAAAAAGAAAUGAUAAGCAAACUAUCCCGGAGUAAGAGAAAUUACUGAUAACAAGACAAACCGGCUGAAGGGCAACAGCAGCUCCCAUCCCACGUUACGUUUUACCUCAUAAAUACCGCAAUACCUGCAUCCCGUUCCGUAACACCCGGCGUCCUACAUCACCGUCACGGCUUGUAAUCUAUAGCUUUGACGUUUCGCUACUUACCAAAUAUUAAACGUUAAGUUUUCACCAACGUUCAACUUCAUCAAGGUCUGUCCCACCCAAGGAGGAAACGGAGGCGCCAAGUCAGUAGGUUGUGCGAAUGUGCCGCAGACCUGAUAGAUAGGUAUACCUAACCAUUAUUCGUAAUUCGUUCACUCGUUCAUUGAUUCGUUCGUUCAUUCGCUAUGCUUGAUAAGACUUGAAUUAUUGUUACAUCUAAUCUCGUGUCGAUGUCUGUAUGCCUGUCACUCCAGCUGGAUGCCUGCCUCUUUUCAAGCUUUCACGAUAAACGGCAUCUUGUAACUUACACGCCAAAGUACCACACGCGCCAAGAUCCUAACGUUUAUUACUAUUCGAAUAUAUAUCCGUUAGUUAUUCUAGCGCGCAUGUUGCAGCAGCAAAGAUAAUAAGGAAUGCUUGUAAAAUCGCCAAAUAUCUCUCCGAAGGCGGCGGUGCUUGGGAACAUAAUAAUAUUAUGACAAAUGAUUAUUUAAACUGAGUCUCGUCUCUUUAUAUACAUAAGAAUGCAUAUAAUAUAUUGUUAAGUUCUGUGUUAAGUUUUCGUUAGGUAUGGUUACAAUUUUUGUUUUAACAAACUUUUUUUAAAAAUAUUUCUGUUACAAAUAAUAAUAAACGUAAUAAUAGUAAUUGUAAUGACGAUAUGAGCUAAUAAUUUUAUGGGUUUUAUUGUAAUACGCGAUUCUCUUUAAUCCAUAACGUUACUGUGAGUACAAGAUUGUCAUUAUACCGAAUAUAAUGAUAUUAGCGUAGAUAACUAAUUGUCACAAGUUUAUUUACAUACGAUAGAAACGUACUCGAUUUUAAUUACUCUCGACUAAUAAAGGUGCAGCAACCAGAUAAUAUGGAAAAAAAAUAGCGUACGUAUUAUAUUUAUAAAUUAAAGUGAAAUGGAAUAAAAUUUACAUCAAUUAUACAGCGUUCAGAGAAGUUGAUAACCGUAUCGACAUAAAACUCUUCCAUUUUCUUAAUUCAACAAGAAUUUGGCAACUGAAUUCGUUCGCUUAUUUAUUUAUUUAUAAAUAUAUUUAUUCUCGUUUCGCACAGAUUAAUCAAUUAACAAGAGCAAAUAAUCAAUUAAAUUCGUAUUGCACGGAUCAUACGCGUGACGUAUGAAAGCAAAUAUUUGUUUCACAACCAGCAGAAGAAGCCGCUGGAAGUCAUUUGAAGCAUCUUGGUGUAUAAUUGCUCUUUCUUGUUCUAAAUAUGGCGCAGAAUAAGACAUCAUAUAUUUGCAGAUAUACAAUGUAUAGUCUUUACGUACAAGAUUUUACGUACGUAUAACAUUAGGUAACGAAUUUGCGUCAAAAGUUUGCAGAAUCGGUAUUGUGACGUACGUCCGACUAGAAUCACAUAAUAUAAAGAUUUUUCACGGAUCGUUGAUUAAUUGAAUAAUUCAAUUUAUUGAUCGAAACUGAAAAUCGGUCUAUAGACGAAAAACUAAUAUUGCUUAUUCGCCGUAAUCGCAGCAAAAAUCAUAUUCCAUUAUUAGAUUAUCAGAAUGCAGCCUAUUAAAAACACCCCGUGAAAAUUAUUCUAGCAGCAACGUGUAAUCGAUAAUUAAAGUUGAAUAUACAAUU